AUGGCCGCCUCUUUUACGGUCAUUGCGACCGACCUUCGCCGAGUUUCCGCCAAGGCUCUGAAUGGCGGCUUCAUGAUCGACGUGCUUGAGGAUGCCUGCUCCAAAUUCAAGCUCGACAGCGAGAAGUACCAGCUAAAGCACAACAACAAAACUAUCAACCUCACCGACCCUGUGCGCGCUUCCGGCCUCUCCCAGGGCGCAAAGCUCGAGCUUGUCGUCAAAUCAAAGUCUCCGUCCGCCGUCACUGUCGCUUUGCGCCUGCCCCAAUCUGAGGCCCGUCUGGGCAUCCCAAACAACCGCGUGGCUGCCAAAGUGCGCAAUGACACUCCGGUGUGGAAGCUGCUACGCCACCUCGAGGAGGAGCCCGCUGCCAAGCAGAAGGGCCUCAACAUCACCGCACGAGGCGUGCCCCGGACAAGCACGCCAAACACCGGAGGGUCUGGCCAGCUCUACUGGGAGGCCCCCGUGCUCAAGUAUACCGGACGCGAGCUGGUGACGCUCGACGACUUUCGCAAAACCCUGUCGCGGACGGGUAUCGAUACGGGCAGUCAGUUCGUGCACCUAGAGUUUCGUACCACCGACUACACGCUGGAGGAGGCGAUGGAAUCCGUACAUAGGCAGCUUGAGCGGGAGGAUGCCGAAGCCUCGGCCGCUGCGCCGGUCAGUGCCUCGGCCCUGACUGUAGCACCGGAAGCCGAGGAACUGGCGACACCUGAGACCACGACACAGCUCGGACAUCCUGAGACCCUACGGCAGCAUGACCAGCCCGAGAAGCCUGAGUUGUCCGAGCUGCCUGAACAAACAGCCCCGGUCACUGAACAGCAGAUUGCAGAGCCACAGCUACCAGUGGCCGAGCCAGAGCCCAUGGCUGUCGACCCAUCACCAAGUCUCCUCCUUCCGGUACAGGUGUGGUCGCCACCGAAGGCGGGCGCCGGAAUGCCAGCAGCUGCGGGUCUGCGGUGGGCCCGAGAGAACUACUCCAGUGGCGGUGGUGGUAGCUCCAGCUCGCACGGUCUGGCACCAAGUGUCGCACAGAUGAAGGCGCACCAGAGGCAUCUUGAGGAAGCUGGACGCAACAAACGGCUGAAGUCGGACUCGGAGCUGGAGGAGGAGACUCGCGAGCGCGAAGCUCGGGCGUCUGCCGUCGACAAGGUGGACAUACGCAUCCGCUUUCCUGACGGCUACACGGCGCUUUGGUCGUUCCCAAAUGGAGCUACCGGCGCCACACUGCACGCGGCAGUGCGGAGAGUGUUGACGGAGGAUGUUGCGCAGGAGCCGUUCCGGCUGGCACCACCUAUGUCACGCGAGGAGAUCCAGGACAAUGCCGGCAUCAAGCACGACCUGAUCCGGGGAUACGGCAUGCGGGGAGGCGUGGUGAUCAACUUCUUGCGGGGCAGCGGCGAGCCCAAUGCAACCACUCCGGCUGCAGCUAAUCGUCAGGGAGUGCAGUACGUGAAGUCGGAGGUGAUGGCCAUGGCACAGGAUAUUGUUGUGCCACAGCUCGGGGAGGAUGACGAUGAUGAGGACGAAGAGAAGACAAGACAGGCCGAAGCAACAGCGGCGGCAGCAGAAGCAGCAGCUCAUCGUCGGGACAAGCAGGGCGAUGCGACCAAGAAGUUCUCCAAGUUUUUGCGCCUGGCAAAGAAGUGA